GUCGAGAACUUCGACUUCUCCCGCGUUAGUUUUGCUCAGCCGGUAGCAGAAGGAGGCGACUUCGAGGAUGCUUUUUAUCCGGAUGUAACCGCCGAGGAUGACAGGCUGAUGUUGGCCAUCUCUCAUGCGCCAAGAAAGCUUCGAAAUGGAUCUUUGACAGCGGCUGUCAAUGCAAUGUGGUGCGCCGAGCAAGGAUACCCAUUUGUUUUGGACCAGCGCAACGUGCACCCAGCCGAGAGCAAGUCCCAGGUGAUCCCACACUGGUUGCGGAGGUGCAAGCAAGAGGGCAUAAAUUGGCUGUUGUGGCUUGAUGGCGAUCUCAUCUUGGUGGGGCAAAACGCCAGCCUCGAUUUUAUUGCCAAGGUCAUUGAACAGUUUGAUGGCAGCGAUGCGCAGAUCCUGCUGCCGGACAAACAGCAUGGAACGGCUGCGAGCGCAACAAGCUUCGGCAUGAUCUUCCUGCGGUGCAGUGAUUGGGCGAUAGCCUUGAUGGAGAAGGUUAGGAACGAAAGCUCUGAUGAGGGAAUUCAUGACGAUGAAGCCUUUUGGGAGAUGCUCGUUUCUGAUGCGUUGGAGGCAAAGCGACGCUUCGUUGAGGUGCCACCCGAGGCGACACACCCCGUGUCCCUCCUGGCUUCUGCAGAACGACAGCCAGUGCUUCACUUGGCUCACCUUCCCGCAUCCAUCCGGAACGAGACCUUCUCGGCAGCACUCGCAGCAGAAUGUAGCCGGACGCGAGGUUCCGCUUUGAACUUAACAUCGGUGCGGCACGCCUACGAGAACAGCCUGUACCUGGCCGCGAACAAAGAUUUUCGAGAAGCUGGGACCUCCAGGUAUGCCUUUGUUCUGGCAAAGCGCUUCAAAGAGCAAGGGCGCAUGCAAGAGGCAGAAGAUCUCUUGCGCUGGGCACUUGACGGGCUGCACGCUGAGCUGGGAGAGCAGAAGAUUGAUACACUGUUCGGGAAAGUGGCACUUGCGAAAUUCCUGGCAGAUCAGGAUCGCGUUUCCGAAGCUCGACCAAUCUUCGAAGAUGCGGUGGCGGCCGGCUUCAAGGCCCUUGGGGCUCACAAUCCUGUAAUGCUGGAUUGGCAAGAGCGCCUGGCGCUUCUGCUGGGUCGCCAAGGGAUUCACCAGGAGGCCACAGGCUUGCUGCGGCAAGUAAUCCGUGGCCGCCGAAGAUGGAGGGAAGAGGCUCGCGUCAAGGCUGCGGCGCUGCAGAUGCGCGAGCUCCUGCUCCAAAGUAGUAAUGCUGUUCCAUCGGCUGAGCAGCUGAUUGAAGAGACAAUGUCGAACUUCCCAGAUGCUGCAGACAACGUGGCACGCCAAAGGCUUAUCAAAGCCAAUGAGAAGUCAUCCAAGCUCUCGGGCGAGGGUAAUCUCAACCAAGCAGAGUGGGUUCUCAAGCGGGCGCUCGAGAAAUCAACCCUAGCUUUGCCUGUUUCAGAUCCGGACCUGCUCGUGAGCCGGCUCAACCUAGGAGCCCUCCGGCAGCGCAUGUCGAAGCCAGAGGCCCUCUUGGACUUAGAGGAAGUCUUCCAGGCACAGGUGUCGAUGAUGGGGCCGGACCACCCCGAUACCCAGGCCACCAUCCAGGCAAUCAGUGGCCUCGAAGGAUGGCAAGGAGGACAAUACAACGUUCACGGGCGGUAUCAGGGGGCGCUUAGCAAGCUGACUUCUGCCAUCAAUCGCUUUGCAAAGCGGACAAAGGCGAUGCAGGGGAGGAGCAAUGAAGCGGUUCAGAAUUUUGAAGCAGCUAUACGCCGCGGUGAGCGCAAGCUGGGAAAGCAGAACCAUGGCGUUUUGAAGGCCAAGUUCAACCUGGCAGUCAGUCUGGCGACGCAGGACCGAUCUGCUGAAGCAUUUGCGCUUUGGCGUGGUGUUUUGCAAAAUCAGCUGAGGCACCUUGGCCCUUUCAAUUCCGACACCCUUGCCACCCAGCGGCACAUUCUGAGCUGGGUCUACCAAGAUGACUGA